AUGGUGAAGAGAGAGGAGUGUAGCUCCAGUGUGGACCAGCAGGAGCCAGAGCCCCCCCCACACAUUAAAGAGGAACAGGAGGAACUGUGGAGCAGUCAGGAGGGAGAGCAGCUUCAAGGGCUGGAGGAGGCUGAUAUCACCAAGUUCCCAUUCACUCCUGUCCCUGUGAAGAGUGAAGAUGAUGAAGAGGAAGCUCAGUCCUCACAGCUUCAUCAAAGACAAACUCAACACAUGGAAACAGAAGCUGAUGGAGAGGACUGUGGAGGACCAGAACCAGCCAGGAACUCACAUCCACUUUUACAACCAGAGCCAGAAGACCAGACUGUAGACUCUUCUGAUCCUGAGACUGAUGCCAGUGCUGAUUGGAAGGAGACCAGAGAACCUCAGUCAGUUUUAAACUUUCUGAAAAAUGAUUCAACAUGUAAGAAACCAUUCAGCUGCUCUGAGUGUGGGAAAAGAUUUGGCUUCAUGUCACCUCUGAAGAAACACAUGCAAACUCACACAGGAAAGAAACCAUUCAGCUGCUCUUUUUGUAAUAUAUCUUUUUCAUGGAGAGGAAUUUUACGGUCACAUAUGGUAGUCCACACAGGAGAAAAACCUUUCAGCUGCUGUGUUUGUAAUAAAUCUUUUACACAGAGUGGAGCUUUAAAGACGCACAUGAGAAUCCAUACAGGAGAAAAACCUUUCAGUUGCUCAGUUUGUAAGACAUCUUUUACACAGAGAGGAGAUUUACAGAAACACAUGAGAAUCCACACAGGAGAAAAACCUUUCAGCUGCUCAAUUUGUAAAAAAUCAUUUACACAGAGUGGAAGUUUACGGUCACACAUGAAAACUCACACAGGAGAGAAAAGUUUCAGCUGCAGUGUUUGUAAAAAAAGAUUUGCCUGCCGUUCUCAUGUCCAAAGACAUAAAUGUGUUGGUCCGAUGGCAACAGAAGCUGAUGUAGAGUACUGUGGAGGACCAGAUCCAGCCAGAGACUGAAGAUCAGACUGGAGACUCUUCUGAGCCUGAGACUGAUGACAUGGAGUAACGUUUGUGCCUUUAAGUCUAAGCAAAACUUCAUCAAAAUUAGUAUCAAACAAAAGUCUUUAUGUUAGACCCAGCUGCAGUGGGUCAGCGGACCGCUAACGUUAGACCGAAGUCUUAUAGGACACCUAUUAAAGGAGUUCAGGUGAAACUGUUUACUGUUCUAAAUGAAUAUGCUACAUUAAAACAAAAAGGAAAUGUGAAUCUAUUAUUUCCAACACUGUUUGGUGCUUCAGUGCCUCGUCCUCUGAACACCACAGGAUGGCGCUAACACACACGCUGUAAGAAGUAAGUUAUACUGCCCCUCUGAACUGACUUUGUUUCUCAGCGAAUAACGUUAUCUCACUGUUCAGGGCGUAGCCAGGUUUACAGAGUUAUUGUUUGGAAAAACUUUAGAUUUCGAUUGUAAAACCAAUUAAAAUAUAAACUUAUGUUUUAAAAAUGUUAUUUGGCAAGUGACCAUGGUAUGAGCAGGUUAAUGCCCUUCGAGGUGUCAAUUGUCAGGUAUUAAUGGAAGACGGCGAGGCGUUAACCGUCCCAUGUGUACAUAUGUACAUAUUUAUUGUUUCAUUAUUACUGUUAUAAUAACAGUAUUAUGUGCUGAUGUUCUGCUGUUUUUAUUAUGGCUUUUUUUUAUAUAUAUACAGUUUAGUGUAUUACGUGGUUUGUGUCUCAGUAAUCAUCAGUGGAGGAAUGUAACUAAGUACAUUUACUCCAGUACUGUACUUAAGUCCAAAUGUUGAGGUACUUGUACUUUACUUGAAUCUUUUCUUUUCAUGCCAUUUUCUACUUCU